GCGAGCCACCCGCCACGCCUACAUGUGACUAUUACCUUCAUUAAAGUGCUUACUGCUUACUUUCAUUUAAAUAUAUUACACAGUUUUUAACUGUCCCUAACAUUUUUUAACGGGUAUAGGGCAACAUUACAAAACCCGAUUGAGUUUUCUGAGUGAGGCUUAUCAACGAACGAACACAAGAGUGAUGGACAACUGCACAUCCUCCUUACCGACCCAUUCUUCCCCAUUUUCAGCCGCCCGGUACAAAAAUGCCGGUGCCAUUUUAUUCAUUCCGAUUGAGAUGCUAUUUUUAAACCGGGUGAUUUCGAUUCCGCGAUAGCAGGACCGGCAUUAAGUUCGAAAUACCAAUCGUCCUCUUACGCCACACAAGUACAUAAUCAUUCUCCUCAGUUGGCCAAAUGCGUGCGAUUGCGAAACCGAAACUGAAUAGGUAAAUAAGCAGCCCGCGCUACUGCAGCUAUGCUCCAGCGUGAUGGUCGAGAAACGGAAAAGGGAAUUUUGUCCUACGAUCACUAGCAAAAAGAUAGCAAAGAGGCAAGAGGCGAGAGGGCUAGUGUGCUAUGUGUGGUCGGCACGGCCCGGCAGACCCGGCAGGAUCCUUAUCUCAUCUCUAUUCAGCCUACAUUUUCCCCUUUUCUGUGGUGCCGCUGUGUCCUACGCAAUUCCUCAUUGAUCCACUGCAAAGGCGUUCUUCUCCGAGGACGGGUGCUUCCGUUGAUGGUCUAUUGGAAAAAGGGCGUAGAAUUGGAGUUGCGUACUGAUGAUGAUGAUGCUCUGAUGAAGUUAAGAUAUUUAAUUUUCUCACGAACUUCUCCCUUUCUCGAGAGGAAUUCCUCUAAUAAUCGUCAAAGGAAUUCAAUAAUAAAAUAAUGACACCCUUCAAGACGAGUGCUGAGAAUACACCGAAUCGUUUGCCAUUUGUUCUUCGUGGUUUGUGUGGACCGAAAACGCUGACCUCGUUUGAAUGAGGCUUCGUGUGAAAUAGAUUUAUUGCCGAUGAAGUAAUGGAGAUUUAUAUGAUGAGCAAGUUCCACUCAAAACGCAUAAAAAAUGAACGUUUGUAGAAAUUUGCUUUUACAGAAACAAAAAGUUGUACCGUCAAAGUUGAAGGAAAAAUAGAAGCAAUUACAUUUUGGCAACUCCAGCAAUUCAAUUUUAAACUUUUUCUCGUACACACACACACAUUCCGGAAUAAAAUAUCGCGUUCGGCCAAUUAUCAACAGCACAGCAUAGAGGAAGCGAAUGCGUUGCGAAUGACUUGUGAGAAUAGGUGGCCAAAUUGUGGUCUACGCCUUUGCGCAAUGUACGAUAGUCGUCAGCCGUUUGCUACGGAACAUUAACAUUUAUCUUACCGUGGAGCCAGCGACUGACGUGACUAAAUUUCAACAACCACGCCACUUUCUGACCGACCAGUUUGCCUCACUGGUAGAUCCGAGGACGCACAACGUGUACCAGUUAUAAUAUAGUUUUCCAUGAACGUAUGAGGCUGAUGGUAAGCUUUAACCACAUUUUGAAGCUUCCCUUUUACGAUUCUAUGUGAUAAACCGGUUGGUCAUUUGUUCUAUGUCGCUGCUAGGGAGGCAAGGGUUAGCGACAUAUUUGCUUCCGGAGAAAGCAACGCCUCGAAGGCGCCUCGAGAGUGUUCGUACGGACGCCGUCGAAUGGAGAAGGGAGAUUUCGUACCUCUUAUUUUGUGCUGUGUAAUGGACAUAUUUUAAUCAAACAUCAUUCCUUCUAGUAAACUUGUUGUACUAAAGGUUGAAAACGUGCUUCAGAUUUUUUUUUUAUAAACUUGGAACACAAUGAUGUCUAGAAAUCAAUACCCUAAAGGGCGCGGUGCAUUGAUUCUAAUGGCAUGAAUUAUUUAACGCUCUGAGGAACAUAUAAUCUAGAUGCGAUGUAUCCGAUUUGGCGGACCAUCGUCACCCGAGCAGGAUCAUUAAUUCUUACCAUUACCGCAAGUGGGUGAUUAAUCAGAACCCCGGGCGCCAUCCCGGAGAUCGACAUUUCGUCAUGCGUUAAUUGAAUUAAAUGGGCGUGAUAAGCCACUACGGCGGUGUAGAAGAACAAAAAGGAAGCUAACCCGGACGGUCCCACAAAACCGAUGUACAAUAAUUAAGGAGCAUGAAAACGCAAUCCAUAUCCAGCACACCGAACGCAGUACAGCCACUAGCACCGCUCAUCAUUCCAGUGCUAACGAUGCUCCGGAGCAGGUUGUGGAGACGCGUAUUGGACCGUUCGAAACGGUUUGUCGUCAAUCUGUUGACGACCACCUCGGCUCACGGCAUCGGACACGUGGUCCAGGGAGGGUUGCACAUAAUCGAGCGCAUUAUAUGGAUUUCGUGCAUCUCCAUCGGUGUGUACGGUAUGGUGGCACUGUCCCAGCGCAUUUGGAAUCGUUUCCAAACGUCGCCGACCGUUAUCUCGAUGGAUCGCAAUAUGUACUUUUGGAACACUAGCUUCCCGAGCUUGACCAUCUGCUCGCAUCGGCGCAUCGACGAGGAUAAGCUCGCGGACUACAUUCGAAUGCGCGGAUUUGACGAGGACGAUGCGGAACAGUUCCGGGAGUUUAUUGUGCUGCUGGCGAACGUGUCAUACAGCACCUUUCUCGAUCUACCGAUGUACAAAACGUUCGGUAUUGCCGGGUACGAAUAUAUGGAGCUGCUGCACAAUUUGUCCUGGAGCUUUCAGCCGCAGGUUAACAGUGGCACCUCGACUGCCCUGUCCGUGCAGCCCACAAUCACGGAGCUGGGGCUAUGUCUGGCGGUAAAUUCACGGAUUGCGGUGUACAAUUCGUACGACUAUUGGCAGGCCCGGCGCUGGGAACGGGUGUACGAGCCGGCGCCACUGGUUGUGCAUCCUCUCGACGGGGAAGUGUACGGGCAGCUAAUCAAGCUGGAAAGCUCGUACGAGGUGUUUUUCCACGGAUCAAUGGAGGUGGCCGAGAUCUCGAAACGGCAGUACUCAUUCCAGGAGUCGUACUACACCACGGUCGAGCUGCUGGCGCUGGAAAUUCUUACCUCACGCAAUGCCCGCGAACUGUCCAUUUCGCAGCGCCAGUGUCGCUUUACACACGAAGGUGAAACCCUGAUGUUUAGCCCCGUUUACAGCUACAACCUGUGCCGUAUUGAGUGUCGCAUGAAAUUUGCUUUCAAGUUAUGUGGCUGUGUGCCACACUUCUACCGACCGAUCGGAAAGGGUAACUUCCGAUAUCGCAUCUGUGACUUUGAAGGGUUGCGGUGUCUUGGGCAGCUUGCGGAUGAGAUGAUAACACUACGCUCGAAAAAGCACACCAUCGAGUGCAACUGUUUGCCGAACUGCGAUGAUUCAAACUUCUUCAUACAAGCACAUCGAUCGCGUGAAUGGUUUUUAGGCGCAAAUCUACAGUGGGGAUUGACGGACUAUCCUAAAAUGCAGCUAAACCGAGAUAUUAUCUUCGGACUUUCUGAUGUAUUCGUGUACAUUGGGGGUCUGGGAGGUUUCUUUCUGGGGUGCAGCUUGAUCACGUUUGCUGAAUUUAUUUUCUUUCUCACCUGGCGACUGUUUAAAUAGAUCAUCAUAGUAGCCGAGAACGCAAA